AGGUUGUAGUUGGAGUGGCGAUCAAAGUUCCAGUAUUAUUGGGUCGAACGACGACGCUUACGACUGUCUAUACUAACUCGGCAAUUUUCUUCUUCUUCUUCGUACAAAUCGUAAACUCAUCUUCCCAAUCUGCGUUCUAUUCUUUGAUCUGUAACUCUAUAUGUGUGAAGUCCAGAAAAUUUCUUGCACUUUGUGGAACUGAAAAUUACAAAUUUGCUAUCUUAUGUUAUGGAUUCAAACGGUUUUGUUGAUGAGAAGUGUGAAAGCAAACUUUAUAUUGGCAAUCUUGACCUCAGAAUUACGGAAGCGGCUCUCAUUAAACUCUUCUCUCCUUUUGGGAAGAUAAUAUCUGAGGAUUUCUUGUGGCACACUCGUGGGCCGAAGCGUGGGGAGCCACGGGGAUUUGCCUUCAUCGAGUACAGCUCCAAGGAGGUAAGUUGCUUGGUUUACUCCUUAAUAGCCUCUGUCAAGCAAUUACUUAUUUUUGCUUGUAAAGUGAGUAUGCAGGAAGCUAAAUUGGCUAAAGAGAAGAUGCAUGGGAAAUUAGCUUGUGGUCGUCCGUUGGUCGUUCGCCUCGCUAGUGAAAAGUUAAUGACGAACACAACGAAUGAUACUUCAAGAACAGCAAGCGAGUCGAGAAAAUCAAGACUCGGUGGCAGCAGUUACGGGCAGUUGACUCGCAGCGAUAAGAUUGCUGCCAUAAAGAAUAAAUUGAGAGCUUUGGAAGGAGGUGGGGAGAGCUCUAGUGUGAAAAAACCGAAGCAAGAUAAUAUCAGUUACAAAGAUCAUAAUGAUAAGUCAUCUCUCAAGCCAUCUUGAUGUUGAAGGAAACUGAGAUUGAUAGCUUUUAUUUACCCAAAUGUCUUCUACAAUUAUCAAACCUCUAUAGGCAAAUCUGAUUCAUAGUGUUAAAGUUUAAAUAUGAUGCUGACAUAUAACAUAGCCUGAUAUUCUGGAUAUUGUGUCCUUUCUUAUUUUGUUUUCUCUUAGACAACAACGGGUGGGGAAUGGGGAAUCGAAAUCGGAUGGUUGAAUGAUAGAGAAA